AUGGCAGUUUGCAAUGAAAUUAUGUGCAUUGAAGGGAGGCAAUUGAAGCCAAUGCAGAAACAGGCGCAAUUCAAAACCUUCAAUAUCAAUGGCGAAGCUGAAAGAGAGAUGUGGAUGCAACGAAGCCAAACUAUGAGCCUGCAGCAUCCUCCUCAUCACCACACAUGGCCAAGUGAUCACCAUGAGGAGGUUCAUGGUGUAGUACUUGACGACUCCAAAAGAUCGAGCUUACCAGUGCCCAAGUCACCGACACCAAAUUACAGGGUUGGUUUUACCUACGAAGAAUACAAGGACGAUUUUGAAGCCCAAGCCACUCCAUCAUCUGAUAAUGAAGGUGGAUAA